AUGGCAAGUCGGAGAGUUGCCUACAGCAGUAGGCUUUCCGUAUCCUGGCCAUGGUCUCAGUCGGCCCGGCGGCAGCGAUCCUUCAAUUCUCUGCGCCUCCAGAGCCGCUCGUUUCAGACAGAUGGCGAGUCCAGGGCUGCUCGUCCUGUUGUUCCCGACUUUGCCUUUGCAUUCGACAUAGACGGCGUUCUCAUCCGUAGCGCCAAACCCAUCCCGCACGCUUCCACGACGCUGCAAUAUCUACAGAGACACUCUAUCCCUUUUAUCCUCCUCACCAACGGCGGUGGUAAACACGAAUCCGAACGCGUGGCCGACCUCUCGUCCAGGUUGUCCCUCUCUCUCUCCACGUCGAUGUUCAUCCAGUCGCACACGCCCUUUGCCGAGUUGGUCCACGGCGAGAACAGCCUGCGCGACAAAUGCAUCCUCGUCAUGGGUGGGGAGGGAUCUCGCUGUCGCGAUGUCGCGGAGGCGUAUGGCUUUACGAACGUCGUGACGCCGGGAGACAUAUAUGCCGCGUACCCCGAAAUAUGGCCCUUCAGCGGCCCUUUUAAGGACCACUACUACGGCAAGUUUGCGCGGCCGCUGCCCAAGCCGAUCAAUCCCGAGAACCCCGAAGAAAGUCUCAAGAUUGACGCGGUCUUCGUGUACAACGACCCGCGGGACUGGGGCCUGGACGCGCAGAUCCUCAUGGACGUCAUGCUCUCGUCUCGCGGCAUCAUGGGCACGUACUCCGCGAAAAACGGCGACACCUCCUUGCCCAACUGGGGCUAUCUCCAAGAUGGCCAGCCGACGCUGUACUUUUCGAACCCGGACCUGCUCUGGGCUGCGAGCUAUCACCUCUCGCGUCUGGGACAGGGCGGUUUCCGCGCCGCGGUCGACGGCUUGUGGAAAGCUCUCACGACGAGCAAAGACCAUCCUUCGCCGCCGGAGCUGUACAAGAAGGUGGUGGGUAAACCCUUCCGAGAAACGUACGAGUAUGCAGAGAAACAACUGCUCCGCCAUCGGGACACUUUGUUCUCCAAGGAUGAGCACCGUCGUCAAGAACCUCCGCCGCUGAAGAGGGUGUACAUGGUCGGGGAUAAUCCGGAAAGUGACAUUCGAGGCGCAAACUCCUUCGAGUCUCCCCGGGGAGUCGAAUGGAUCAGUCUCUUGACCCGCACAGGAGUGUACAAGGACCGUGACGGAGAGCGACCGACGUGGGAGCCCAGAGCCAUUGUGGACGACGUCAAGGCUGCUGUUCAGUAUGCUCUCAAAGACAGCCAAUGGCCCGAACCACUGGAGUAG